AUGCAUAUAAGUGAACUGUUAUGCCUGAGAAGAAUUAUAAAUAGCGCUUAUCAUCCUUUCCUUAUUAUUCCUAAACCUGCAAUAUGGCGAAAACGUGAAUCUUUGAAGCGAUUUACUGCAUGGUGUUAUGCUUCCGAUAGGACAGCAGUUAAGGCAGGAUACAGAAAAAGGAACAAAAUAUUUUUAUAUUUGAAUAUGCACCGAGAAGAUGAACGGCGACUGGAGAAACAUUAUGCCGAUGAAAGACUUUUCGCUGCACUAAACGAACAUCACUUUGCUUAUCCAAGCUUUCGAUAUAUGUUGGAUAAAGCUCAUAUAUUACUCGACAACAUUGUACUUUCCCAGCUUGCUAUAUAUGAACCGAAAACUUUUAAAAGUCUUGUGAUGCUUACGAAACAAAUGGCUCAGGAAGAAGGUCAUAAAGUAAUAACUGAUGAGGAACAAAAGUAUGUUGAAACUGAGGAGUCGUUGUUUGGGGAGCCUUAUCCACGUAAUAAAGUCUUCCCGCGAGGCGCCAAAGAAAACCACAAAGUGAAGCCGCGUGAGCUUAAAAUAUCAGAAUACUGA